AUGACAGGCAUCUGUCGCAUUCCAGUAGAGGGUACCCAGAGUGGAGGACGGAAGAACGGGCGGACGAACACUACGAUUGAGGCAAUGAGUGAUGCCGCGCGGACAUCGCGCGGACGUCGCGAUCAGCAAGGGGGAAGCGCGUGGCAUGAUGGCGACGACCGUGUCGAAUUCUGGAAGCGAAGCGGAGUGACGGAGAAGACGAGACGAGACAUUAAGCCGGAUCGAUGUCGCCCUUAA